AUGGACAAUUCGGAAGAAACCCUACUUACCCAAUUUGAUUGGGAAUCCUUCUUCGAUAACGUGCCGGACGACGUCCAUGAUUUUUUGCAGGACGACACCGCUCCUGUUAGCGUCGCCGACCACCCCUCCCCAAACAAUUCCGUUCUGUCCCAGAUCGAGAACUUGCUCAUGUCCCACGACGAAAACGACGCCGUCUUCCUCGAAACUCCUUCGUCUGACUCCGACUAUUACAAGUUCCUUGAGGAGAUUCUGACGGAGCCCGACGAAGGACCGGAAAGCCAGCGUUCCAAGACAGAGUCCGGGGAAGGCUCCGACAAAGACAGAAUUGAUGACGUAAUUCCCAAUGAACCCAUGUCCAAGAAAUUAAAGAGGCAGUUGAGGAAUAGGGAUGCUGCUGUUAGAUCAAGGGAGAGGAAGAAGGCUUAUGUGAAAAACCUUGAGGCGAAGAGUAGGUAUUUAGAAGGGGAAUGCAGAAGACUGGGGCAUUUGCUUCAGUGCUGCUAUGCUGAGAACAAUGCUUUGCGGCUUUGCUUGCAAUCGCGUGGCGCAUAUGGUGCUUCCAUGACCAUGCAGGAGUCUGCUGUGCUCUUGUUGGAACCUCUGCUGUUGGGUUCCCUGCUGUGGUUCAUGGGCAUCAUGUGCCAUCUCAGUCUGCCCCUAAUGCUGUGUCUCACAGCAGUACUUCCAAGAGAAAACAUCGUACAGAAGGGCGUAAGAAGGGUAACUCGAAAAGGUCCAGAAAGUAAUAUCUCUGAAUGUUUCCAGAUGCAAUCAUUUGUAAAGAGUAGAAGAUGCCGAGCUUCAAGAACAAAGAUGAAAUUCAUUUUUAUGAUGUUGUAA